AUGAGUCCUUCGACCACCAAGAAUCGUCCGCACUUACCUAAUAAUCCGCAUCACCAGCUGGAAUGGUCCAAUUCGACGGCAAACUUAUUCCUGGGCGGCGUCGGAGUACGGAGAUCAUGGAUGUUGGAUGCCUCAUCUUCCUUGUCAAUCAGCUCUGCUCCUGCUGCUGCCCCUCCUCCUCCUGCUGUUACUCUCCCUCCCGAUUCAUCAUUCCAGUCUUCCGCUCCGUCUUCUGCCUCUGCCUCUGCCGUUGCCAACCGACGUCAAAGUCGGCCGCAAGGCAUGCAAAUCUCCCCUUCAUCCUCCAUCACAAUCUUCCCCCAGAGUCAGAAGAGCAAUAGAGAUAAGAAUGAUGUCGCCUUCACUGCCAAUGGUAACAUCAUCAAUGCUCCUGCUACAUCCCCGCCGUCAGUCUUAAUGUCACCCGUGACGCCCGGGGAAAUCCUCCUGCAUAAUCACGAAAUUCCACCAGCCGGUCCUGUGGUACCGUCAAGCGCUCGUUUGUUUACCACAACACCUACCACGAAUUUCAGCGCUACUCCUUUGACAAGUGAGUCAACGACGUUCGUCCAUGCAACUCAACCACUACAGCAGUCCCAUUCCUCCUCACUUCUGUCUCCCGAUCCAAGCAGUGCCUCCCAUCCUAGCCCUGCUAGCGCUGGAGACCGAAAUGAGCGAAGUUUGUCACAUGGCGUCCUCCCAUCUCCUCCACCAGUCUCCAGGCCGAUGCAGAUACAUGGGCAACUGGAACAUCCUAGGCAAAUUUGCAAUCGCAAUCUCAUGCCCGCCAACGCAUCGCCUACCACAGCGGGCGGGGAGACGAUGGCGGAGGCAACUUCGGUGCCGGCCACAAUUAGGGGCCUACAGAGACAGCAGGCGAUUCCGAAUCCCCAGCAGCGCAUAGCCCCGGCUCCUCUUGAAGCGCAGCAGCGUCGACCAUUAAUGACCAGCGCUCCGCCGGAUUCGAACCAUGUUCCUCCCAGCCCCGUUGGACCGGGUCCUUCGACUUCCUUCAUCAAUCAGACAUUUUGGACACAGUCGCAAGAGGCCCUGGAUGCUUUCGUGGCAAGAGCGGAGGGUGCCAUGCUGCUCUCGGAGACAGUGGAACUGCCACGAACCCGUCUUCUACGGGAUGCGUGCAUCGAAAAGGAUCUAUUCUACCUGACUCUCCAUCAAAUAUACUCCUUGCACACCUUUGCUCCCUCGGAAUUUGCUCGGCUACCGUAUGUAAGCCGGCACAAUGAGAUGGGAUUGGAGGUUGUCCAGCAGCUUCUAGUAGACAACCACCGUCUAUCGGGCGACUUCUUGAGGUGGAGCGUUAAUUUCCCUCGGCCGUUGGGUGUGAUGUGUCAGACUCGCGAGUUCCCAAUAGUUGUCCAUCAGAUUGCUCGCUGCCUGGGUUCUUUUUCUGAAAAGUGGACGGCUUUUGAUCACCAUGUCCGAGAGCGCGGCUAUCCCCCUUUGAUCGAUGAAUUAGUCGUGCAAUUUGGCAUAACAUCGUCCGUACUAUUAUCAAUAGUGUUCCUAGCCUUGUCCCGAAGGAUUUUCGGAACGCAGCAUGAAGACCAGUUGUGGAGUCUCUACAGCAAGAACAAGCGGAAUUACAUGAAACGGUUCGGUUCUAGGCACACUCCAGAGCAGAUUCAUCGCGAGAACGAGCGUUUGAUCCAGGCGUACAGGGCCCUUUCCCGCUCCCAGACAUCGCUAGUUGGUCAACAUACUUCACCUGUGGCGCGAGAGCAUGCAGCUCAGCCAUUUCCACAGCGCUCAAUGCAGCCCGCUGGGCUUACAGGGCCGAUCACAUAUGUCGCGGUCCCCGGGCCUCAGAUGCCGUCCGCGCAAGUACCUAUACAUAGCUCUCAAUCGCAGACCCAGCCAAUUACUGUUCACGCCCCUGGUACCAUGAAUCGUGCCGCGACGAUGCUUUUGAAUGGUCAGAGACCCCAGCAUCCACUACCUACACGGCCAAACCUCGUUCAUCCCAGGGGCCUUGACACCUCCUCUCAAGUGCCAGCUGGGCAGAUGACAGGCGCGGCUGCUCAUUCACCGGUGCCUGCACCUUCACCUUCACCUGCACCUGCACCUGCACCUGCUGGACAUCAGGCGCAAAUACUAUCUCACGCGUCUUCUCAGAAUGUCCGCCAAAUUCCACCACAGCCUUCACCUCAGCCUUCAUCUCGGGCUAUGCCAAUCACAACUCCUAUUCAUCGCUUUGCUACUCAAACACGGCAGGCGCAAGGUCUGGUGCAGCAGCCACAGCAAAGUCCGCUGAUACCACAACCGCUCCUUCCUCCACCGGGGCCCCUACCAUCUACCACAACACGGCCGCACCCUCUCCGCAAUGCCCUACAUCAGGCAUAUCUCCGCGAUCCCAUUAUCAAAUGGGCUCCUUCGGGAGCAGGGGAAGAAACGGCCGACAAGGAGACGAAUCUGUUCCAUUACUUGAAAUCGUUCGUGGUACCGCCGACUCCCUUGGGGCAGACGGAGUCUGCUUUUGAAUGGCAGUUUCCUCUUUCCCGAGCAGACUUUGACCGGCUUCCUCGAAUCGUGCCUCCCGACACUGGUCAACGUCUAGUCCGAUCCCUGGUUGAUGGUAGUCAGAUCUAUCGUGUGCGGUGUAUUCGCAUCUCGCCGUCGGCGAAGGAGGUGAGCCAGCAUACUUGGUGUCUCACAGAAACUGUAUGGCCCAGUGUUAUUUACAUCUUUGUGAACGGUGUAGAACUCUACGUUCGCCGCAAAUUUCACAACGGCAAAGAUAUUCCUCUGGACAUCAGUGGUCAUCUAAAAGAAGGCUUGAAUGCUAUCUCCUUGCAUUUCAUCCGCAGCGCUGCCGAAAGCAGAGACAUAGUAUAUGCGUUGGCGGUGGAAGUCAUGGAUACCCUCAGUUUCACUCAAGUGAAGAAGCUCGCUCAGACCCUACCCGCACCCCUGUCUCGGGAGCGGAUUCGUCGACGCCUUUCCUCCAGCACUACCGACGAUGAAUUAAGUAUUAUCAGUGACUACCUCACUGUCAAUCUAGUGGACCCGUUUAUGGCUCGAAUAUUCAACAUUCCUGCUCGCGGAAUUAAUUGCGAGCACGUGGAAUGCUUUGAUCUCGAGACAUAUAUCUUGACCAGGGCCUCCAAGCCGGGUAAAGCUGUCUUGAAGGAGAAUUGGAAAUGCCCAAUAUGUGGCGCAGACGCUCGUCCUCAAUAUUUGAUCAUCGAUGGUUUCCUUAGUGAAGUCCGUGCCGAUCUUGUACGCACGGGUCAUCUGGGGGGAGCUAGAGCAAUCAAGAUCAAGGCGGACGGAUCUUGGGAGCUCAAGAGUGAUGGGGAAGGUUCUUCAUCUGAAAUGGAGCUUCCAUGGGCACAGGAAGGCGGCUCAUUGAAACGGAAACGUGAGGGCGUUGUUUCACCUCUGGCAACUCAGAGGCUGAAGACAGAAGGCGCUGGUCGAGAAUCGCUAGCUUCUCGCGAAUCCUCAGCAUCUCUGGUCAUCGAACUUGAUUAG